CUGACAGUGUGCUUCUGCUUGCAGAUACUAAACUACAAACUACACAGGCUGGAAUACGCUAGGGAAGAGGCUUCAAAUAAAAUCCAAUGUCCAGAGGACCACCAUAGAUUUCGCUACAGAGAUGCCAAUUGCAGAAUUGCUUGGAAUGCACUUUGACAUGCAGCUCCUGGGCAAACUGACUCUAUCCGUGGCCACCAUGUUAUUUGUCUCUUUGGUUUUCAGAUUCUACAACUCCAGGGCACGAAACAGACGGCGGGGAAGUGAAAGAAUUCAACAAAGGGGUGUGCAAGCAACCCGAGGAAGCUACAGUGCCUGCAAUACUGAGCAAGAACCACAGAGCAAAGCUGCAAAGGAGGAGUCUGACAGGGAAAAUCAUUUUCAAGAAUCUUCAGAGAAACCCUUGGAAGAGAGCCUUAAAAAUGCCAAUUCUGCCUUGAAAAGUGGUCAGCCUGAAACUAUGGGCUUGGACAGUUGUGUAAAGGAGGAACCUGCAGGUAAAAACAACGUAAUUGAGGAUAUAACUGAGGCAAAGAGUGGCAAACCAAAGUUGACCUUAAAACUUCCUGGUGUGACCGAAACAGGUCAAGGAAGUCCAAGUGGUCGCCGAUCUCCAGUUCUAAUGAAGAAGCUGGAAGGUGGCACGGGUGUUGGCAGGCAGCUGAGGCAGGACGUUGGUCACCAGGGCAUGUUCUCGAGUUUUCAGUCAAAGGCAGAAAUCAAAGUAGAGAAUGCUGACCUUAUCUUGGAUGGGCCAGGGAAUUGUAGAACGGGCAUCCAUGGAAAGAUCUAUGAGUACUACGUGGAGUCCUCAUCUCAUUUCAUCUCAGAUUUAAGCCCCACCCGGUCUGUCAGUCCGGUCUAUGGUCAAAACGAAAACAGCACUUCACAAUUAUUGGAUUUACCCGGUUUUAAAGACUGCUCCCGAACGCCAAGUCCACAACCUUCUAGUUUCAUAAUUAGAGAUCUUGAAAUUGCUCCACGAAUUACUAACGAGCCUCCCUCGUUAGCGGGAGGCCUCCUUCAUAAACCGGAGACUGUGAGGUACAGCAGGCAAGUAGUCAUCCGUCAGGACAGCUAUCUUACUGCUGCUAGUGACUCAGGGCUUCCAAUCCCCUUGCCUACACAGAGGGCUUUAACACCUCGCAGCUGUUCUCCAGCACAACCCAAUGACAUCCCUUCAAGCCCAUUAGACUCUGAUAUAGCAAACCUGGAUGCGCCGGAGGAACCACAAGUCAAAACUGUCGCCGGAGCAAAAUUCUUACACUUUCCAGAGAACAUGGGGAAUGCAGAACUCGAGAGUAUAGCAGGGAAGCUCGAUUUAGGCAACUGCUUGGAGGCUUUAACACUUGCUAAAAAACACGGUCACACUGCCCUUCAGCAAGCUGCUCUCCGUGUCAUGUCUGAUAAUUACCUUCAGGUCCUCAGAGACCCAGGCCUCUUUGGCAGGCUGAAAGCAGGGGAGCGUGAUCACAUCCAAACACAACGCAUGAGAGGAAGGAAGUGGUUAGUGGUCGCAGAUAUGGAUUCCCCGGAUUGGAGUAGACGUCCAUCACAGUCUAUGUAUUUAGAGUUUGAAUCAGUUAAGUCAUCCAGUAUUUAUUACUACGAUGAUUAUAAGGACACAUGGCACCUUCACUCCCACAUUCCUCAGGAAGUGUUAUCGAAAGGUUGUGCCAUGUGCACCAUGGAUAAUUAUCUAUUUAUCGCUGUGGGUUUCCAAGGCUCAGACCGUGAAGCGACCCCUUCAAAGAAAGUGUACUGUUACAACCCAAUGACUUCAAUUUGGAGUGAAAUAAGCCCCAUGAAUGAGGGAAGGCCUCACUGCAAACUCGUGGCUCUGCAGGGCCAUCUUUAUGCAAUUGGAGGCGAAUGCCUAUCAACGGUUGAGCGCUACGACCCCAGGACAAACCGAUGGACCUUUGUGGCACCUCUUCCUAAUGAGACAUUCGCCGUAGCUCACAAGGCCACAGCCUGCAAUGGUGAACUGUUUGUUGCAGGGGGCACGUUGAGAUACACCCUCUUGCGCUAUAAUCCCAAGACCAACACGUGGCGAGAGAGCAUGAUUGUGGGCAGUAAGGACAAGACCACAGAAAUAGUGGCGGUGAGGAACUUCCUGUAUCGUUUUGACGUCAGUCCCCUGGGCAUCAGCGUGUAUCGCUUUCACGCAGUGGCACGACUAUGGUACGAAUGCGCUUCAAUACGCCGCCCACAUUGCACAGCCUUUCAAUGUGUGACUAUGGACAAUAUUAUCUACUGUGUGAGUCGUCAAUUUACCUUGAGGUUCCUUGCAGAUGAGGUAUCGCCAAGCUUUGUUGCACAGGAUUUGAAAGUGCUAUCUCCGGCUAAAGGUAUUUUGUUUCCUUUCGUCCUUGUGCUACCUGACAGGGCCACUCAACAAACUUGUGUUUAAAAAAGGUCAGAUCUUUCAAGUAAAAGGUUGUCUGGUAAGAACAAACACUCAAGACCAUAUUAUGCACAUGUUCAAGGAAUGUACCUUUUCUUAAUUAGUGGCAAUUUAGAUAAAAUAUCAAGGCUAUUACAUCCAAUUAUUGUACAGCUAGAUCACAAUUACACAGCACUUACUGAUAAAUAAAUCUGCUGUCAUAGUGAAGGCUAUUUGUUUGUUUAGGCCUUCAAACCACUCUGAUGUCUAAAUCAACCUUUUAAUCCUGGAAAUGUCUUGUGCAAGUGCAUAAAAUGUUUCAGUAAAUAUACCGUUUUGAAACACUGUGUGGAUAAUGUUAACCAAUACUGUGUGUAGAAUAAAGCCGAACUGUGGUUGCGGAGCUGGCAUCAUAAACAACAUGAAUGGCUGCCAUUAGUACAAUUUAUGUAUGCUCUCUAAUUAUAUUCAGUUUUUUUAAUUUCCUUUUUGCAUAUUUGCAGUUGUUUCUCUGCAUAUCACACAAUUAAUCGUACAUGAUAACAGCACAUUUUUAUAUAAAAUGUUAAUCUGUUUGUUGUAUUAUUUUCAUGACAUUUCCACAAAUUUUGUCAUCUUGCCACAAGAAUGCAUUUCCUUUCAGGUCAAUGGUUUUACUUGUGAAGCUUCUCUUAUUUCAUCAAGCAUUUUAUGGUAACACUGUGUGGUUCUUUGCAAAGACAGUUUAACAUCACAUGAGCACUUUGGGGAGCCUAGAAGAAACAUUUCUUCUCUUUGUGUAUUCCAUUAAACAAUACAGAGAGAACUAAUGACUUAAUGGGGGUAAGGAAAGAAGAAUCUAAUGCUUUGCCUCUUCGUGCACUUUUCUCUCUAUCUUCUGGAG